AAAGAGGAAGUUUCAUCUUAAAGUUUCUGGAAUUCAGCGCAGCGGAUUAUGUCUCUGUCAUGUUUCGGACAGCAGAGCAUGUCGCGCAGCAGCCAGUAGGGUCGGGCUAACAAGUUAGGGUGGCACCAUGUUUCGCUACUUUUACAUCUUAACGUUCGUUCUUCCGGUUGGACAAGCUUCAUUACCUCUGGUGGUCAACACUUGGCCAUUCAGAGAUGCUACUGCUGCAGCCUGGAGCACCUUGAAGUCAGGAGGUUCAGUGCUGGACGCCGUGGAGAAGGGCUGUGCUCGCUGUGAAACGGACCAGUGUGACGGCACCGUGGGAUUCGGAGGCAGCCCGGAUGAAUUUGGAGAGACAACGCUGGACGCCAUGAUCAUGGACGGCGACACAAUGGAGGUGGGAGCCGUCGCCGACCUGAGGAGAAUCAAGAAUGCGAUUGGGGUGGCCAGAGCCGUGAUGGAGCACACGGAUCACACACUUCUGGUCGGCGAGUCGGCUACACUGUUUGCUGAAAGCAUGGGCUUCAUCUCCGAGGACCUGACCACUAACAAGUCCCUGAACAUCUUUGAGCAGUGGCUGAAGGGCAACUGCCAGCCAAAUUACCACAAGAAAGUAGUUCCGGAUCCCUCCAAAUCCUGCGGACCCUACAAGCCUGUGGCGACAGUGCAGCAGAGCAAAAGGCCACGGCAUGCAAACAUAGACUCCCACGACACCAUAGGGAUGAUCGCCAUUGAUGCGUACGGUCACGUGGCCGCCGGCACAUCCACCAACGGACUGACCCACAAAGUUCCUGGGCGCGUUGGCGACUCCCCUGUCGUCGGUGCGGGCGCAUAUGCCGACAGCUCGGUGGGUGCUGCAGCCGCCACUGGAGACGGGGACUUGAUGAUGCGCUUCCUACCCAGUUUCUUGGCCGUGGAGCUGAUGAGGGCUGGAGCGGAUCCCUCCGCCGCCUGCAAGACGGCCAUCUCCCGAAUAAAGAGGCAUCACUCGGAGUUCUUCGGUGCCAUUAUCUGUGCCAACACGACGGGCCAUUACGGUGCUGCGUGCAACAAAGCGCCAAGUCUCUCACAGUUCCACUACAUGGUGUCCAACUCCCAGUCCGACGCACCGUUCCUGAACUCUGUGGACUGUUUUUAAAGCCCUUCAUUCCGAUCCAUUUAACAUGUUUUAAUACUUGUGUCCAGUGGAAUGUGCGGAGAAAUAAAUGCUUUGUUGAUUGGAUGUGCCAAUACUUUAUU